AUGGCAAGAAAAUCUUUAGCCCGGUACUUGCUUUUGGGAAUGGCUUGUUCCAUAGUAAUUGCUGCAUAUGAAGAGAGCUUGUCUCCUAGGACAAUUUCUAGUGGCAACUAUCAUGAGGCAAUACAAAGGUUGCAGUCAUUUAAGGCCUCUCUAACUACACCUGAUUCCUUUGCCUCAGCACCAUCUUCCUUGUUAUCACCCUUCUCAAGCCCUUCUCCUGCUCCUGCUUCUGCUCCUUCUCCUCACCCACACCAGGGUGUGAACUAUUCACGAGUGUACCAUGUUACGUCUUAUGGUGCAGAUCCAACGGGUAGUUCAGAUAGCACUGAAGCACUCCUUGCAGUCAUAGCAGAUGUUGCCACGGGUACUAGUGAAGGAUACCUGAUGCAAGGCAUCAGAAACCUUGGAGGUCCCCAAAUUAAUCUUGAGGGUGGAAAUUACUUGAUCAGCCAGCCACUGCGGUUUCCGGUGGCCGGAGUGGGGAACCUUAUGAUACAUGGGGGGAGUAUAACAGCCUCAGAUGGUUUUCCAGAAGAUAGCUAUAUCAUUGAUUUGUCACCCCCUUCUUCUAAUGGAGGAAACACAAAUAGUUCUUCACUAUCCUACAAUUUUGAGUACAUAACUCUUAAGGACCUCUUGUUGGACUCAAACUUCAGGGGAGGUGGCAUUUCAGUCAUAAACUCACUUAGGAUUAACAUAGACAAUUGUUACAUCACACAUUUCACCACCAAUGGAAUUUUAGUCCAAGGUGGCCAUGAAACCUACAUCAGGAACACUUUCCUUGGUCAGCAUAUAACUGCUGGUGGGGACAAAAAUGAAAGAGACUUCUCAGGCACAGGAAUAAACCUCCAGGGUAAUGACAAUGCUGUCACAGAUGUUGUAAUUUACUCUGCUGCCAUAGGAAUAAUGGUUACUGGUCAAGCCAAUGCGUUUUCUGGUGUACAUUGUUACAAUAAGGCCACUGGUUUUGGAGGCACAGGGAUUUAUUUGAAACUACCCGGUUUGACACAAACCAGGAUUGUGAAUUCUUACAUGGAUUACACUAAUAUCGUGGCCGAAGACCCGGUUCAAUUCCAUGUCUCUAGUUCUUUCUUCCUUGGUGAUGGCAACAUUGUCCUAAAGUCUAAGAAUGGGGUUAUAAAUGGUAUUGAUAUUGUUGAUAACAUGUUCUCGGGUUCAAAUAAUGGGGUUGAAAUUGUUCAGCUGGAUCAAUCCAAUAGUCCUUUCCAUCAAAUUGAACAAGUUACUGUUGACAGAAACAAUGUAAGAGGGAUGAAGUUGAAGGCCACAGUUGCAAAAAGGUCCAUGCAAGGGAAUGGAACCUCAUGGACUGUUGAUUUUAGCAAUGAUCUGCUUUUUCCUAACCUUAUAAAGAAUGUGCAGUACUCUUUAAGCACCACUGGCAGUACCUUCCCCAAUCAUGUUCUGAGGAAUGUGUCUGAGAAUCGUGUUGUGAUUGAAACAAAUGAAGCAGUGUCUGCCAGUGUCUUUGUUACGGUGGAUCAAAGAGGCGUAGUUGAAAAGGUUAAUGAUUUUGAAGGGUCUAACAUUGAAUCUGAAGCUUUUGGUAGCAAUAUACAUGGUGAACAAAGUCUUUGGCAGAAGCAGAGAAGGUGUAGAGGUUUGAAGGUUGAAACCGAAAAUGACUAA